AACUUGUAUGUUUUCUUUUAAAAAAAUCCACUCUCUCUGUUCAUCUAAAACCCUAAAACUUAAGUCGAUCAGCCUUCACCACUAAACCCGAGCUCGAAGUCGUUGAACAGACAAGAGACUUAGAUCUUUUCAGGAUGGGCAAACCGAGCAAAGGAUCGGAAACAGGUUCUAAAUCUGAUAAGAAGUUCGAGAAGAAGCUUCAGUUUUACUCAAAGGUCAAAGACACCCUUACUUCCUUGUCUGUUCAAAAGGAGAUUGGCAAGAAGAAGAAAACUCGGAGCCGUCAAAAGAAACUAAAGGCGUAUGAUCUCUCCACCCUCUCGGAGUUUCUCCCUGAGGCUAAUGCUUUGCAGAAAUCAGCUCAUGCUGCACCUGACUUGAAGAUGAACUGCAAAAGGCGACAAGAACUCGUAUUGUCGGAAGGGGAGAGAUUGAACAAGGUUCUAGACCAUCCAGCUUUUCAAGCUGAUCCAAUUGGUUCUAUCUUUCAGCACCUUCAGAGUGAACAGCCACCGGUGGAAGAGAAACCGAAGAAGAAGACUAACAUAAACGGAAGCAAGAAAAGAAAAAAUAGGAAGAAGGGAAAAGCUGAAUCAAUGGUUUUCUGAUUUUGUUUUGAGUUAUAGACAUAAAGUUACUAAAAUGUCAUGUAUGGUUCUAGUACAAGAGCAAGAUUUUGGAUAUAAUGUGGUCUAAUCAGAAACACAUGAUAAGUCAAUCAUCAUGGAAAAAUAAUCUAAAUCUUUUAGGAA